ACCAACAAACUUGCCAAUUAGGAACGUGAUUCCCCUACAGCCCUAGAUGCCUCUUUCAUUCACACUCAGUUUGUGUUAGCUCAACCUAUGUGCACUAGUGCAGUACUGUCUCCUUCAACCUCUCACCCGCAACCAAACACCACGCCAUCAACCAGGGCGGCGACGUCGGCCGGAAAUAUUACUGAAGCACAAACACACAUCUUAUUUUCGCUCGAUUUUCAGUUAGGGUUUCGCAAUUUGAUAUCGGAAUGGCUACUUUAACGAGUCACAGAUUAUGCCUGAAAGAUUCCACUAUUUUCAGCCGCCCAAGGCCUGCUUCACCGUAUUCUUAUAAUAGAACGUAUAUUAGGUGGAGGUCCCCACAAGCUGCUGUGGUUGCUAAUUUCCAUCUUCCUAUGCGUAGUUAUGAAAUUAAGAACAGGACAAAUGUGGACGAUAUAAAGGCCUUGAGACUGAUUACGGCCAUCAAAACCCCGUAUCUGCCAGAUGGAAGAUUCGAUCUUGAAGCUUAUGAUGCCUUAAUGAACAUGCAGAUCAAUGGAGGCGCUGAAGCUGUUAUUGUCGGUGGUACAACUGGUGAAGGGCAAUUAAUGAGCUGGGAUGAGCACAUUAUGCUGAUUGGUCAUACUGUCAACUGUUUUGGCAGUAGCAUCAAAGUAAUAGGGAACACUGGCAGCAACUCAACACGAGAAGCAGUACAUGCUACUGAACAGGGGUUUGCUGUUGGAAUGCAUGCCGCACUUCACAUCAAUCCUUACUAUGGCAAGACAUCCAUGGAGGGCAUGCUUGCUCAUUUUGAUAGUGUGCUGUCCAUGGGGCCCGCCAUCGUGUACAAUGUUCCGUCAAGAACAAGUCAAGAUAUUCCUCCUCAGGUGAUACAUUCUCUAGCACAAAAUACCAACUUUGCUGGUGUUAAAGAAUGUGUUGGACACGAAAGAAUUAAGCAGUAUACAGAUAACAGGAUUGUAGUUUGGAGUGGGAAUGAUGAUCAGUGCCAUGAUUCCAGGUGGGACUAUGGGGCUACUGGAGUUAUAUCUGUUACUAGUAACUUGGUUCCUAGCUUAAUUGGACAGCUCAUGUUCAAAGGGAAGAAUCCAUCUCUUAAUUCCAAGCUUAUGCCUUUGAUGGAGUGGCUUUUUCAGGAGCCAAACCCUAUAGGCUUGAAUACAGCUUUAGCUCAACUUGGAGUAGCAAGGCCAGUUUUCCGCCUUCCUUAUGUGCCUCUUCCACGGGAAAAGAGGGUGGAAUUUGUGCACAUUGUGAAGGAAAUCGGGCGGGAGAACUUUGUUGGUGACAAAGAUGUCCAAGUCCUUGAAGAUGAUGAUUUCAUUUUGAUUGGUCGUUACUAAACUCUUGAACGCUUGUAGUAGUUCAUUGUUGGUAGAACCGGGAAAUAAGGGUAGAAGUGGGGGAUUCAGGAAAAGCCUGCCGUUUCUUCUUCCUGCUUGUUUCAGAGUUUCCUUUGCUGUGCUGUUUAUGAAUUUUCUGCAAGUUAUGUAAUGAGUUUUUCAGAAUGCCAGGGGUAGAUAACUAGAUACCAAAGUUUGUUCUGAAUGUUUGAUUAAUUUACGGGAUUUUGGUCUA